AUGAUAGAACAGAAUCUAUUACCGCAAAGGACUACAUGUUGUGAUUGCAGUAAUAACGCCGAGGGUAUGAACCGAGUCACACUCUGGUUCAAGAGCAGCUCUCAGGAACGUCAAUACCGGGCGCAGCCAGACUCGCAGUUCAAAUACAACGUGGCGUGUGCUGCAGCCAUAUUUAUAUUGUUGGCGUUUAUACAACUGCUAACUGUACAAACGGGUAUAGUGUUGUACGCGUCGUUUGGACCAACGUUUAUAACACUGAUCGUAUUCGUGUACUUAUCGUGGUACGACGGUCAUAUGUUCCGGCGGGGUAUGCAUCCGCUAUCCGAUGUUCCGCCUGACGAUUUGUACGCCGACGACUGCACCAAGCCCGGCCAGAGUUACCUGUACAGCUCCGUGUUAACUCUGGCGUCCAUCUCGGUGUUCUUCCGCGUGGGAUUUGUGUUGAAGAUGAUCAUGAUGGCAGCCACACUCGCCACACAUAUCGCCCUCUUUGCUUGCGCUGAACAACUUAAUGGUUAUCAGGGAGAUAUGGAGUUCAGUAUGUUACCGUAUGCGGCGCGAGCGGGGAUAGCGUUGGCACUAGUGGGCGCUCUUUUAUUGAUUCUUCUGGAAAAUAUACUACCGGCUCAUGUGGCGGAACAUUUUUUAACAUCAGUCGCUUCUGAGGAAGACUUAUAUCAUGAACGCUAUUCAAGUAUUGCAGUGAUGUUUGCUUCGAUCCCUAACUAUAAGGAGUUCUACGAUGAAACGGACGUUAAUAAACAAGGACUCGAGUGCCUCAGGUUACUCAACGAAAUUAUUUGCGACUUCGACAAGUUACUACUUAAGCCGAAAUUUAGCUGCAUAGAGAAGAUAAAGACAAUAGGCAGCACCUAUAUGAUCGCGUCCGGCUUGAGACCUGGAAAAGAAGAAAAGCUGGAUGCAAAUAGGAAAGAGGAACACACCGUCGCGAUACUGGUUGAAUUCGCUGUGGCGCUAAUGGCGAUACUCGACCAGAUCAACCGAGAGUCAUUCCAAAGGUUCAAACUAAGGAUAGGCCUGAACCACGGGCCGGUGAUAGCGGGCGUGGUGGGCGCGCAGAAGCCGCAGUACGACAUCUGGGGCAACACCGUCAACGUCGCCUCGCGCAUGGACUCCACCGGCCUCAUGGGCCGCGUGCACGUCACCGACCACACCGCGCAGUGCGUACACUACACUACAUUACACUAUACCACACUACACUACACAUCUGGGGCAACACCGUCAACGUCGCCUCGCGCAUGGACUCCACCGGCCUCAUGGGCCGCGUGCACGUCACCGACCACACCGCGCAGUACGUACACUACACUACAUUACACUAUACCACACUACACUACACAUCUGGGGCAACACCGUCAACGUCGCCUCGCGCAUGGACUCCACCGGCCUCAUGGGCCGCGUGCACGUCACCGACCACACCGCGCAGUACGUACACUACACUACAUUACACUAUACCACACUACACUACACAUCUGGGGCAACACCGUCAACGUCGCCUCGCGCAUGGACUCCACCGGCCUCAUGGGCCGCGUGCACGUCACCGACCACACCGCGCAGUACGUACACUACACUACAUUACACUAUACCACACUACACUACACAUCUGGGGCAACACCGUCAACGUCGCCUCGCGCAUGGACUCCACCGGCCUCAUGGGCCGCGUGCACGUCACCGACCACACCGCGCAGUACGUACACUACACUACAUUACACUAUACCACACUACACUACACAUCUGGGGCAACACCGUCAACGUCGCCUCGCGCAUGGACUCCACCGGCCUCAUGGGCCGCGUGCACGUCACCGACCACACCGCGCAGUACGUACACUACACUACACUACACUAUACCACACUACACUACACAUCUGGGGCAACACCGUCAACGUCGCCUCGCGCAUGGACUCCACCGGCCUCAUGGGCCGCGUGCACGUCACCGACCACACCGCGCAGUACGUACACUACACUACACUUACACUAUACCACACUACACUACACAUCUGGGGCAACACCGUCAACGUCGCCUCGCGCAUGGACUCCACCGGCCUCAUGGGCCGCGUGCACGUCACCGACCACACCGCGCAGUACGUACACUACACUACACUACACUAUACCACACUACACUACACAUCUGGGGCAACACCGUCAACGUCGCCUCGCGCAUGGACUCCACCGGCCUCAUGGGCCGCGUGCACGUCACCGACCACACCGCGCAGUACGUACACUACACUACACUUACACUAUACCACACUACACUACACAUCUGGGGCAACACCGUCAACGUCGCCUCGCGCAUGGACUCCACCGGCCUCAUGGGCCGCGUGCACGUCACCGACCACACCGCGCAGUACGUACACUACACUACACUACACUAUACCACACUACACUACACAUCUGGGGCAACACCGUCAACGUCGCCUCGCGCAUGGACUCCACCGGCCUCAUGGGCCGCGUGCACGUCACCGACCACACCGCGCAGUGCGUACACUACACUACACUACACUAUACCACACUACACUACACAUCUGGGGCAACACCGUCAACGUCGCCUCGCGCAUGGACUCCACCGGCCUCAUGGGCCGCGUGCACGUCACCGACCACACCGCGCAGUGCGUACACUACACUACAUUACACUAUACCACACUACACUACACAUCUGGGGCAACACCGUCAACGUCGCCUCGCGCAUGGACUCCACCGGCCUCAUGGGCCGCGUGCACGUCACCGACCACACCGCGCAGUACGUACACUACACUACACUACACUAUACCACACUACACUACACAUCUGGGGCAACACCGUCAACGUCGCCUCGCGCAUGGACUCCACCGGCCUCAUGGGCCGCGUGCACGUCACCGACCACACCGCGCAGUGCGUACACUACACUACAUCUACACUAUACCACACUACACUACACAUCUGGGGCAACACCGUCAACGUCGCCUCGCGCAUGGACUCCACCGGCCUCAUGGGCCGCGUGCACGUCACCGACCACACCGCGCAGUGCGUACACUACACUACACUACACUAUACCACACUACACUACACAUCUGGGGCAACACCGUCAACGUCGCCUCGCGCAUGGACUCCACCGGCCUCAUGGGCCGCGUGCACGUCACCGACCACACCGCGCAGUGCGUACACUACACUACAUCUACACUAUACCACACUACACUACACAUCUGGGGCAACACCGUCAACGUCGCCUCGCGCAUGGACUCCACCGGCCUCAUGGGCCGCGUGCACGUCACCGACCACACCGCGCAGUACGUACACUACACUACACUACACUAUACCACACUACACUACACAUCUGGGGCAACACCGUCAACGUCGCCUCGCGCAUGGACUCCACCGGCCUCAUGGGCCGCGUGCACGUCACCGACCACACCGCGCAGUGCGUACACUACACUACACUACACUAUACCACACUACACUACACAUCUGGGGCAACACCGUCAACGUCGCCUCGCGCAUGGACUCCACCGGCCUCAUGGGCCGCGUGCACGUCACCGACCACACCGCGCAGUGCGUACACUACACUACACUACACUAUACCACACUACACUACACAUCUGGGGCAACACCGUCAACGUCGCCUCGCGCAUGGACUCCACCGGCCUCAUGGGCCGCGUGCACGUCACCGACCACACCGCGCAGUGCGUACACUACACUACACUACACUAUACCACACUACACUACACAUCUGGGGCAACACCGUCAACGUCGCCUCGCGCAUGGACUCCACCGGCCUCAUGGGCCGCGUGCACGUCACCGACCACACCGCGCAGUGCGUACACUACACUACACUACACUAUACCACACUACACUACACAUCUGGGGCAACACCGUCAACGUCGCCUCGCGCAUGGACUCCACCGGCCUCAUGGGCCGCGUGCACGUCACCGACCACACCGCGCAGUGCGUACACUACACUACACUACACUAUACCACACUACACUACACAUCUGGGGCAACACCGUCAACGUCGCCUCGCGCAUGGACUCCACCGGCCUCAUGGGCCGCGUGCACGUCACCGACCACACCGCGCAGUGCGUACACUACACUACACUUACACUAUACCACACUACACUACACAUCUGGGGCAACACCGUCAACGUCGCCUCGCGCAUGGACUCCACCGGCCUCAUGGGCCGCGUGCACGUCACCGACCACACCGCGCAGUGCGUACACUACACUACACUACACUAUACCACACUACACUACACAUCUGGGGCAACACCGUCAACGUCGCCUCGCGCAUGGACUCCACCGGCCUCAUGGGCCGCGUGCACGUCACCGACCACACCGCGCAGUGCGUACACUACACUACACUACACUAUACCACACUACACUACACAUCUGGGGCAACACCGUCAACGUCGCCUCGCGCAUGGACUCCACCGGCCUCAUGGGCCGCGUGCACGUCACCGACCACACCGCGCAGUGCGUACACUACACUACACUACACUAUACCACACUACACUACACAUCUGGGGCAACACCGUCAACGUCGCCUCGCGCAUGGACUCCACCGGCCUCAUGGGCCGCGUGCACGUCACCGACCACACCGCGCAGUGCGUACACUACACUACACUACACUAUACCACACUACACUACACAUCUGGGGCAACACCGUCAACGUCGCCUCGCGCAUGGACUCCACCGGCCUCAUGGGCCGCGUGCACGUCACCGACCACACCGCGCAGUACGUACACUACACUACACUACACUAUACCACACUACACUACACAUCUGGGGCAACACCGUCAACGUCGCCUCGCGCAUGGACUCCACCGGCCUCAUGGGCCGCGUGCACGUCACCGACCACACCGCGCAGUGCGUACACUACACUACACUACACUAUACCACACUACACUACACAUCUGGGGCAACACCGUCAACGUCGCCUCGCGCAUGGACUCCACCGGCCUCAUGGGCCGCGUGCACGUCACCGACCACACCGCGCAGUACGUACACUACACUACACUACACUAUACCACACUACACUACACAUCUGGGGCAACACCGUCAACGUCGCCUCGCGCAUGGACUCCACCGGCCUCAUGGGCCGCGUGCACGUCACCGACCACACCGCGCAGUGCGUACACUACACUACACUACACUACACUAUACCACACUACACUACACAUCUGGGGCAACACCGUCAACGUCGCCUCGCGCAUGGACUCCACCGGCCUCAUGGGCCGCGUGCACGUCACCGACCACACCGCGCAGUGCGUACACUACACUACACUACACUAUAUCACACUACACUACACAUCUGGGGCAACACCGUCAACGUCGCCUCGCGCAUGGACUCCACCGGCCUCAUGGGCCGCGUGCACGUCACCGACCACACCGCGCAGUACGUACACUACACUACACUACUACCACACUACACUACACACUACACGUCAACUGCAACUACAUGCUAUGCACGUGACACUACACUACACAUACACUACACUACACUACACUACACGUACACUACACUACACUACGACUUACACUAUUACCACACUGCACUACACUACACUACAAUACACUACACUAUGCUACACUACACUAUAUUGCACCCCACGAGGUGUAGUGUGGUGUUUAUAG